GCCGGAUGGGUACGUCGCCAACAAUCUCACCACUGCACAACACACAGACACAAAACAGACAACACGUGUCCAUUGCAGUGUAUGUGCCGCGGCCGAGCUCUGACCUGAAUCGCUUGUAGAGGGGGUUGCCGGGGCCGGGUUGCGACAGCGUCGCCUCGGUGGUCGACACCUUCUUGCGCAGGAUGGUCACGGUUUUCACCUCGUGUGCAGUGCCGUCCUCUGCUCGGAGGAAGGGCCCCAUCGCCUUGCCGAAGUCCUUCAGAUGCCCCGCCGCCCCCUCCAGCUCCGCCACCGCCGCAUUGUAGCCCUCCACAUACUCACGCAAACGAUCUCCCAUGCUGUCCGUCCCGCUGCCACCCUCAUCGCCCCCCUCCUUAUCCCCCUCCGCCUCUCCGUCGUCCAUGUCGACGUCCUGUGAUGGUGUGUCGAUGUCGAGUGGCGUGUGGGUGAGGAAGAGCUUGUGGUAGAAGGCGAAUAUGGGAUCCUCCUGCUGUGUGUCGUCGAGCUUGAUCUCGUGCUGCUCAGCUGAGGCGUCUGCAGCCUCAACCAUGGAGAUCUCAUCAGACAACCUGACACACACAGGAGAAGACACACAAUGAAUGACCAACUUCCCCUUCCCCCUCCCUCCGCUCACCAGUCCACAUACUUUGGAUCUGCGUCGAGGAAGGGCCGCCCCUCCUCAUCGCGGGGCAGGGCGUCCACGCAGUACAGCAGCAGAUGGGCGAAGUAGGUGCGGCGGAGCUGAUCCAGCAUCAGCCCCUUGCGCGACACACCCACCACCCGGCCGCCCACAUUGACCUCCACCUCCCCCUCGAUGCCGCCCGUCAGCUCCAACUUGCCGCCCGUGUUCUCAAUCAGCUCUUUGAUGGCCGCGGCUUUGGUCUGCAGCUGCUGGAUGGCGGCCGUGGCGGCGUUCUUGAUAGCGAGCAGGGCGGCGAUAGCCGAUGCGAGAAGCCUGUCGAGCGAUUGGCGGCCGAUACGGGGAGCGGGGUGGUGCUGGUCAUCGUCAUACGGCUGGCCAGCGGCAGCCGCAGCCGCUGCACCAUCAUUCACUUUGCGCUUCUUGCCGAGCAU